AUGUUGUACCUGGCUUCAGCAGUAUCAGCUUUCUAUAUUCCUGUCUCCGAAGUGCCUGAACACAAGAUCCACUCAUCUGGUGGCCCACUAAUGAUAAAUGCUGUAGUGGAGAUAAGAAUUCUUUCUCCUCUGGCUAAAGAUUGGGUUCCCAAAGCAUUUAUAGAUUCCCUUAAGCUGGGAACUGACCUCACCAUCAUAAUUAAUCGUGCUCGGAAUGCUUUGGAAGUUAAUAAGCAUCAAGCGGUGGUGUCCAAUAUAUUUGAGUCAAUAGAGUCCUUUGUGGUUAUUGUCACCCAAGACUCAGAAACCAAGUUACUGCUGUCAGAGGAUGAAAUAGCAAAAGGCAUGAUGAUAGAGGACAAGGCAGUAGAAGACCUUCGGUCGUGA